UCAUUUAUUUCCUGUUAUUCCACUUUUAUGUUCUCUAGCCUGUAGCCAGGCAAAACCAGAGUUUUUUGCUUUAAAAGGUUGAAAUAAUACAUUUGAUCAAUCUCCUUAAAGUUUCUAUUAACCUUCUAGUGUAUGUGGAAGGAUUGUGGGUGUGAAAAGAGAAUAAAAGGAGACAAAGGUGGUUCUGGCAGUGCUGGUACUAGAGGGGAAAGAGGUGAGCCAGGACCAAAAGGAAACAAGGGCAAUGCUCAAAAAGGAGAUCAGGGAGAAAAAGGUGAAGAGCUCCUGGCUACAAGGGAGACAAGGGUUAAGGAGGAGAAUGUGGAUCCCCAGGAACAAAAGGAGAAAGAGGUUUGGAAGGCUCUUUUGGCCCUGGGGGACCUCGGGGACCUCAGGGUAUCAGCAGACCUCCAGGUGAACCUGGCCCAAAAGGCAUUCAAGGAAGCAAGGUGCAGCUCCAUUUCUGCCAGCUGGAGGAUGGCCCAGGGAGAGCAAGGCCCUUUAGGUCCCUAUGGUCCUCCAGGACUCUCUGUAGUUGGGCAGGCAGGACCCAAGAAUGAUAAAGGUCGAGAAAGUAAAAUUGGAUCCCCAGGACUUGUUGGAAUUGGUGAGCCAGGAUCACCUGUAAGUCAAUGA